CGCCUCCUUCUACCAUCUCCAUCGGCUUCAGCUACAAAUUCAAAGCUUCCAGAUCACUUUCGAAUCAACUAAUAUCCCAACUUUCCAAAUCGCAACAACGUACGAUGGGCUGGCAAAAGACGUUCACGCUCGCGAAACGCGGGAAGGGUUGUCAUCUCGUGACGGAUGAAAUCGCACAGCACCUCGAGUCCGGGCUGAGAGGUGUACAGGUCGGAAUGUUGUUCCUCUUCAUACAGCACACCUCUGCUGCUUUGACGAUCAACGAGAACUACGAUAGAGACGUGCGAAGAGAUAUGGACAUGGCGCUGGAUAACGUUGUGCCGGAGUCUCUGAACUGGAAACAUACCGACGAGGGCCCCGACGACUCCGUCUCACACACGAAAACAUCCCUAAUCGGCACUUCCAUCUCCGUUCCGAUUACGGACGGACGUUUGAACCUGGGGACUUGGCAAGGGAUCUAUCUGACGGAAUUCAGACAUCUGCCGCACUCGAGGCGAAUUGUGGCUACUAUCCUGUCUUAAAUCGCCGAGUGACUGCGGGAGGAUGUGUGUAGAUGAUUUGAAUGAUGAUGGUGCUUGUACAAACUACUUUUUCGAGGAAUGAAUGGUCAGAAGUGUAUUUUUUGUGGACGGGUGCUUUGAAGAGCUGGAGGUCUCGGUGAUCGCGCAGGUCCUAGUGGGCAUGUCGGUUGAUGAGGAGCUGUACUAUGUUAAUUGUUUGGCAAGGC